AUGCUCUUCUUUCUGACACUUUUAUCGCCUUUGCUCUCAUCUUCAGUGGUGAAUGCCAUUGCGACGGCCUCCUACUCGCCCAUUAGCCGUCGUGAUAUCUCAACCCACGGCACUCUGACCUUCACUUAUCCAUCACAAAAUAUCACUCGGGCAACUAUCAACAAUGGACCUGUCAACUUUGUUGAUAGACUUUUCAUCGAUGACAUCCUCGAAUUCCUCACCCCCUUGCAGAAUGUCACGUCUUCUACCCCGAAAAUUGUUAUUUUUGACUCCUCAAAUCCGGAUUUUUAUCUCGGCCACAUCGACAUGACUUCUCUUCAAGUUCCCAUUACAACAGCAAAGAAACAGAUGGGCGCCGACUACGUCAAGUUCGCCGACCUAUUUCAAAGUAUUACGACUACAAUCUUCAUCGCUGAGAUCAACGGCCGCGCUUUCGGUGCUGGCAAUGAACUUAUAGCACAGAUGGACAUGCGAUUUGUAGGUCCUGGUGCGCGAACUGGCUCUUUUGAAGAAGUUCUUGGGCUUGUCGCUGGUGGAGGUGGACAGACAUUCUUGGGCUCUCUCCUAGGAAAGGCAAAGGCACUAGAGUAUCUCCUUUCCGCCAAAACGUUUGAUGGACCAACCGGCGAAACUUUGGGUCUUUUCAACAAAUAUUACGACGACCCAACUCAGCUUACACAAGGGGUACUGCAACUGGCACAACGAAUUGCUAGAUUUCCCCUUGUAUCGAUCAAUCAAACGAAAUCUGUGCUGUCCUAUCUUAACCCCCCAAGCGAUGCUUCCAAGCUGGAUUUUCAGGCUUUUUAUGAUAUCGAGCAGUUUCCUGAGGAGCAAUCCAAUAUACGUAAAUUUUUGCAAUUGAGUGGGAAUCAGACAGCAGGGAAAUUUGAGUUAGGCUUAGGGGAGAGUGUCUUGGGAAUAUAUGGUUUAUGGAAUGGGGCUAUUACUCCAUGA